UCUGCUGUCCUGCCCCACGGAAACCUACUGACCAAAAUGGAAGACGACGCGGCGGCAGCCGCCGCCGCCGUAUCCAAGGUGCUCGCCGACGACGACCUCCUCACCGAGAUCCUCCUCCGCGUCGGCUUCCCCACCACCCUCGUCCGCGCCGCCGCCGUCUGCAAGCGAUGGCUCCACCACGCCUCCCACAAGGCCUUCCUCCGCCGUUUCCGUAAGCUCAACCCACCUCGCCUCCUCGGUUUCUACACCAAGAUAAAUCAAGGGGCUCCACGCUUCGUGCCUAUGCUUCCUCCCCAGCCCCCCGAGCUGGCCGCCGCCGUCCGCAUCGUCGGGGGCUACCGCUUCCCCGCAGGCCCCGACGGGGUAAUGUCUGAGGGCUACAGCUUAGGCGUGGACGGAGAGUCAUUGUUCCGUUACGAAGUAUCGGUCCACGACUGCCGGAACGGCAGCGUCUCCACCGUGUUGUGCGGCAGAAGAAGGCGUGGAUCUCGAUAUGAAUCGAGACGCAGCAUUGUAAUGCACAGCCCACUUUGCCCCGAGAGAGCCAUAGCCAUUGACCGACCACUCUCACCCCACCACCAGCACCCCAACUACGGCGGUUCUCAUGACUAUAAUACUCUCCAGAGAAGAAAAGGACGGCGGUUUAUCUCACUUUUAUGUGAUGCUGGAGAACCCCAUGGUGUUGGAUAUAACAUCUGCAACAAAUUUUACGGCACACGUGUUCAUCUUGAAAGAUGGAGUCUGGUGCAUGCUUGCCUCGGCCACGACACGGAUCGACCAUUGGCGGGGGGGCAUACGAGCUGUGCUCGUCGACAAUAAAAUCUACAUGGUGGCCACCUACAUAGAAAUCACCGUCUUGGAUUUGACGACCUCAAG